AUGCUCAGUGGGACUACCUCGCCUUUCUCCUUAAGUAAAGAACUUCAAAGCCUGAUCUCAGCUACACUGGAUAAUGUCAUAUUACCGCUGAGGAAAGAGUUAAAGCAGUCUCCCCAGUAUGCCGACAUCCUUUCUUUAGAGAUUCAGGAUGCAGAAAACAAAACCUAUGAAUAUAUCGCCCAACAAAUAUCCGCGAUCUGUAACGCCGAAGAGGAAACCGCACACAAGAUUCUUAAAGAGUUUCCCAAAUCAGAAACUUGUUUCAAGUGUCUUGGUAUUAAUGAUGACACAAUACAGGGGUUACUCAGGAUCCGUGGACUAGGAUUUUUGCAUAUACUUGAGAUGCCAGACGUCGAGGUGAGCACAAUCUUACAGAACUACGGGGAUUCAAGGGAAGAAAUCGAUCACAUAUUAGCAGGGCUUACAAAAAUACGCAGCAAUAUCGAUCUCAUCGAAAAUGAUCUCGCUUUUGAAGACGAUACAAGAAAUUUGAUCAAGCUCGUUAUUCGUCUCACCAAAGAAGAUAUUGAUGGAAGUCUCAGUUCCCUAAUUGGUUUGCCUCAGGGAGACAGGGUUUUUGAUGGCCCAAUUCCACCGUUGUAUGUCACCGGUCCCGAUGUUUCUGGAGUAAAGAAAGGAAAACAACCUGUACUUAGUUCACCGCUGAACUGUCCCUCUACUCAACUGUUCAACGGUGUCAGUGAUUCCGAACCGUGUGACUCAAGCCGGGAUCUGGAUGAAUUGGGUGUUAAUGAACCCAAUGUCGCCUUGCACACUCGCCCUUUUUCAAUCACUCCUAAAGAUCGCGACAGGCGAUCCCCUGCUAGAACAGAUGUGAUCCCUUGUGUUGUUGGUUCUGCACCGACCACAUCGAGCUGUUUGACUCAGCUGCCCUCUAUUAAUGGUUUCCGUACAUUCCAUCCGAUUACUUCGCCUACAAGAAGUAACUUCCCUUGGGAUGGGGAUGUGCAAAUAAUCGAUGAUGGCUUGUCUGUUCCGAAUACUCCAAUCUGGAUGGGGAAACCUACAUGUAGUGUCACGAUUUCACCACCAUUUGUUAAUAAGUCGGAUCGAUCAAAGCAUACUCCAGAUUACACUCCACCACCUUCACCUCGAGGUAGGCGAUAUCAUGCAAACACCGUUACCUAUCGUGCCCGUGAUCACCGACAAGCGGGGACUCCACCCCCAAAGCACCGUUUGAAACUUCUGUUCCCUUUGCACCGAAGCAAGUCACACGAGUCCAACCUGGCGAACCGGGUAACUCCUACUACGAGUUCCAGUAUUCUUAUUUCUCGAGAACUGGGAAGUAGACCCUCACUCACUGGUGCUAAUAUGCUUUCCCCCGAUUCUGCCAUUGUUGCGGGCGAUGCAUUUCUUUACCAAGAUAUCACUGUUCUGUCCCCAACCUCCUCGCAUGGAAGGUCAGUUAGCAGUUCUCAACACAGUCCUCGUUCUCAAGGACGGAUGAGUUAUCAAGGGACUUGUCCAUCCGUAGCAAAGCCAGAUGCUUCCAGUACGCGAAAUACUCCUACUUCUGCUGUGCGGAGUUUUGAGUCAUUUCGCCGCGUUUCCUGUGAUGCACGGCCACCAAAACCAGGAAUCCAGCCACCAACUUUGAUGACUACUUCAGUUGAUGGGGAAAACGUGAUUGGUGUCCUCAAUCUUCCGGGUUCAUUCAAUGGGGUCACUUUGGUUGUGAGCAUCAAUGGUCUUGUUCAUAAAUUCGAAACCGAGUCACGGUUCGGUAACUUCGUCCGAGGAACUCCGUGUGCAGUCUGUUCCAAUAGGAUGAGCUUUCGGUUUCAACACUGCGUCCACUGCCGGAUAAAGGUUCACCGAGGCUGUGUCGCCCAAUGCUAUCGGCUACAGUGUGUGCCUGAGACGUCUGAUUCGAAAAGCUCACCAAAUUCAAAUCGCAAGGCACAGGUCAAUGUCCCUGCCGGUUUAUGUGGCCAACCAGGACUUCGGCCAACGCACUCAACACCCGCGUUUCAGGGUUCCGAAUCUAAUAGUGCAUCUUCAUGCACUAGUUCAGCACCAGGCUCUCCUUUCGGAGUUGGCCCAUCUGUAUGCAGUUCUCACCUGUCGCCUUGUCAAGGGACCGAAACAGCAACGGUAGUAGUGUCACACAGUUCUCCACCGUACGCCACAGUGGGUCACUGCACCUCGCUUCUCAAUACCUCCUUGUUGUCUUCCCCCGUUGGUGCGCAUUCCUACGCAACUCCUGCGGCCUCCAGUUUGGGACAUUCUCACUCACCUCAUCAUAUUGGCCACUUCUCCAAUCACUUCGAAUUUCCAGUACCGAGUCACCUUGCCAAAGAUGGUGCACAAUCCGAUCAUACCUGCACAACGAACAACGCAAGAGACAUCCAGCUAAUUAGUACUCAGUCUUCAGCGGAGAGCGAACGAACUGUGGUAGACGGAUUGGUGCACACGCUGGAAUCGAUGGAAAGUCAGGACGAAACGGGUAAUCUAGUGCGGACUAACAGCAUUUCAGUUACUUUAAAAGAAUGGGAUAUUCCAAUGGAAAGCCUUGUCAUUGGUGAUGAGAUCGGGCGGGGUACGUUCGGGACUGUUUACAGAGCAAAGUGGCACGGUGAGGUGGCGGUGAAACGUAUUGACAUCGAUCCAGAGGAAGUAGACGCUGCGGCUCGUUUGGAAUCGUUCAAGCGGGAAGUUGCGCUUCUACAUAAAACUCGACACGAGAAUCUCGUGCUGUUCAUGGGUGCCUGUAUGAAGCCACCCAAUCUUGCCAUCGUCACACAACUGAGUCAGGGUGAAACACUGUACGAUGAACUCCAUCACCGAGGUUCUAGCAUGGCCAUCAAUCGAAUCAUAAACAUUGCUACCCAGGUUGCCAAGGGCAUGGGUUAUCUGCACCGCAAAGGGAUUGUCCACCGGGAUUUAAAAACUCGCAAUAUAUUUGUGGAAGCCAACGCACGUGUGGUCAUCGGCGAUUUCGGUGUCUUCAACUCUAUGCAGUUGUACAAAAAAGCGAGAUGGGGUAAUUAUUUGAAUGUCCCUCCAUUUUGGCUGUGCUACGUGGCCCCUGAGGUAAUACAGUCUCUCAACUUGAACUGUACCUCGUCGACCGUCUACGCUGAACUUCCUAUGACCUUCAGUUCGGAUGUUUUCGCCUUCGGCACUGUAUGGUAUGAAUUACUUGCGAAAGAAUAUCCUUUUCGGGGUUAUCCAGCGGAAACAAUCGUUUAUUUGUGUGCGCGAGGGAUUAAGCAAAACCUGCGCAUCCCUGGACCAAAGGAUUUCAAAGAAAUCCUCGUGCAAUGCUGGGCCCAUGAUCCUAGUCGCCGUCCGGAGUUCACCACCUUGGUGAAACUACUUGAUCGACUACCAAAGUUACAUCGUAGUCCAUCUUACCCGACAAAGCCCACUUCGAUAUGCCUCAGUUCCGGCUCGCACGGAUCUCUUAUUCCCUGAAUGACAAAUGUGAACCAUGCCGCCAAACCAUACGUUCACUUCUAAUUUAUGAAAGAAGUGAACAGCCGAAGAAUCGGCCACACCAUUCGCCGACGCAUUUGAUUUCCAGAAAAUCAUGUUUGUACUACUACUUUUCACUGCACCCCUUCGCAGCAGCACUGACAGUCUACUCUUCGGUUUGUUUCUGCAAUCACCUCGGGUCGUGCAUCCAUUUGAUUCUCUCACAUCGUGCAGACCACUGAUUUGUGAAAUAUAUCCACCCAUGCCGUCUUCAAAUGUGUCAUAGCUGUGAAUUGGUUCUAUCUUCAUAACCUUACGCCUCGGCACACUCCCGUUUCUUCCAGUGCACUGUCUUUCACAGUUUCCUACGUGGUUUGUUUCUUUCAUCAGGUUUUGCAACUCUGUACACAGUUCUUCUUGCAUCUGAUUUAUACCUUGCUCACCUGUUUUUCUUGGUGUUGUUCAGUUUUUACGUCGGCGAAGUGCUGCUGCGAUGAUUAUUUGCACUGCUGGCACACUGUUAAUGUGGAUUGAUCAUAUGUAUAUAUGCAUACACAUAUGCAAUGUACAGUUUUAUUUUGUACUGUAAUCUAACAAACAUUCCCUGAUACUCUUAUUUUAGCACUCUGUCUUUGUCUUGUUUUUUUUCUAUAAUUACUCUAGUACAUUAACCACACGUGACUGCUGUGCUUAUGGCUUUGAUCUUCUGGGUACAUUCUUCCAAUGGGCCGGCACUUUCUGGUAUUUUCGACCAAAUGCAACUAUUGGC